CCCACCGGUAAAUUUGGAAUGGUCAAUGAGUUUUUUUUAAUGGAUGGAUAAACUCCACUAAAGAUAAUUAAAAAAUAUUAUUAAAUAUAAGAGGGUUACAGUCUGGAUUUAUAUAAGAGAAAGAAUUAGUAUUUACAACUUUAAACACCCAUGUAAAAAGGUUAUUGCAUUGUGUUACAUUUCAAAGGGAAACCCGAAUCAACUUUAUUGUUGGAACAUGGCGGCUUCAGUUCAAACGUGUUAGGAAUACACAAACCAGGUGUGCGGAUAAAAGUUUAAAAUUAUGAAGGAUAUUCCAGGAUAAGAUACUGAAAAGUUAUGCCGUUAGCAGAAAGGGUGAUUGAACCCUCUAAUUUAGGAGGACAUCCUUUAAAUCUUCGAGAAAGUGGGGAUGGGGAAGUGCAUAUUACACUUUCUACUAAUUGUUUAGUUGGAGCUUUAUACCAGCUAGCCAGUAUAGUCAGACAAGCGGAUGAUAUUUUCUGUGACAUUUCAGAUGAAUGCCGAAAAGUGUUGGAAAGAACUGAAAAUAUAAAUAAAAAGAUCGUUCAUAUUCAGCAUCAUGUUGAUAAUUUGGACGCUAAAACUGUCAAAAUUCCUAUUGGGGACCUCUCUGCAUAUAGUCGAGCAGAUGACCAUCACACUGCCAAACAUGGAUUUGAAAUAAACUUAUUCACAGAAGACAGUCGACCUCAUUGUAUAUCAGACAGAUAUAAUGCUGCCAAUCAAACACCGGCUUGUAAACUUCGUGGUGCUGACUUAUACAGGAAAGAUGGCUUAUGUACAGAACGGUUAUUCAGGAUGUGGCCAAUUGUUCUUAAUGAACAUAAAGUUAGAACUCCUGAUCUCAAUCUGCCAAGAAAGAUGCAGUCAGUAUUUACAUUUGAGAAAAGGUACAAAAGACUGAAAACUCGACCAAAAACUAUCACAAGUUUGGAUGAACUAUAUAAAGAUGAAGAAAAGAAGGAUCAGGAAAAAGAAAAACCAUAUGAUGUUCCUAGAUUCCCACCUUCAGAAAAAGUUUCAAUUAACAUAUCUGGACACAGCUUUGAAAAAAUGGAAUCGUUUAGGCAAGCACUGUUACAUAUUGAAAGGGAAGAUGCAAAGAAGAAAAAGAAACGAAAAAGUAUUUCUGGUGUACCUGAAGAUAUAAUGAAGGAAAUUGAAAAGUUUGAAAGAAAAAGAAAAAGUACAAGUGGUCAUGAUGUUCAAGAUUAUUUAUUUGAUGAUUUAGAUGAUACAGUUGAUCAAGUGGACAGAGAUGAAAACAUGGCCAAAUAUUUUGAUGAAAUUGAUGCAAAAAUUGAAGACAGAAUUGAGGAAGAAGUUUUAAUGAAGGAAAGAAAAAUAAUGAAGUUCCUGCCAUGUAGACGUUCAAAAUCACUACCUCGAUGUGUACGAUUAUACAAACCCAACGAAAAAAGACAGUCAGUUGUUAGCAAUAUAAAUGCCCAGGGCAGUUCACUAAGUCUGGCUAGUAAUGGGACAUGUGCAAGUAGAAUAUCACGUUCAACGAAAAGAUCCAGUAUAAUUAGCAACAAGAUCAAAAUACUUGUCAAUGGAAACAACGCAAAAUCAUCAAACAGUGAUAAACCUCGGCCUCGACCAAAGUCUUUAGAUUUAGAUGCAAUAGACUUCAAUGAUGAUAUGGUCAGGUCGAAUUUAGCACAUACUAAAAUGCCAAGUAUGCCUGAUGGUGUAUUUAAUAAUACUACUGCUGAAAUGAGGAGAAAUAUCGGUCCAGGUAGUUACUAUUGUUAUGAAAGUAAUACCCUGCCAAGGAGACAGUCAAGAAGAUCUGAAUCUCCAUGGGAAUAUCUUCCCAAAGACUGGACAAGUUCUGUCAAACUAAGGGAGAUAAACAAAGGAAGGUCAAAGGAGGAUAGACAGUCAUCUUCUGGUCAUUGGAGUGGCACUAAUAGUAACCGACAUUCUUUGGACUCGGAUAAUGUCAAAUCUGAUAUCAUUCCACAUCAAACAUCUCAGAUCUCUUUGGGACAAGAUUCUGGUCGUGGUUCACCUUUACCUCAGGAUGACAGGGGAAGCACUGAUACAAAUGAAGGUUAUAUUGGUGACGGAGGGAGUACAAUAACAGACGGAACAUCUAUACAGGAAGGCAAACUAGACACAGAUCUAUGGUUACGAUCUCUAGCUAUCAGAGCUGCUCAUAGAGAUGAAAUUUCAACUAGUAGUGCUGAAACAUUAAAUUCCUUAACUAAACUAACAAAGCAAAACAUUGAAGCAUUAGAUCUGAUGAUGUCUCCGUCACGAAGGAAACCAAGAACUUUCGAAGAUGAAGAGUGUUCUGAAUAUUCUGUAGACCAAGAGGGCUUCUAUACAUCAUUUCAUAAUGAUAGUGGAUUACGAAAAAGUAGUGCAACUCUGGUUGAUGAAGAUGAACUUUCACAUAGCAAGGAUUCUCAUAGUGUAUGUAGUUUUGACAGUGUUAUUCCUAACCCAGACUUGGACAAGCAUGCUGGAAUAAAAAAGAAUGCAAACUGUAAAUCACUGAAUAAAGUAACACCACCAAAACCACCAAAAAGGACAAGUUCUAUGUCUUCUGUCAAUUCCAAAUCUCAGUCCACAGACAUUUCUCCAGGAGGUAUCAGUAGACAAGACUCUAUGUUCUCAGAUACAGAUCAAGAAACAUUUUUUCAGAGAGUUGAGGACAAGACAAAAAUUUCAGCUCAUGGAAUUCCUUCAUUAUGUACACUUACAAGCGAUGAUGAUUCAAUUCUGGGAAAAGGAGAUGAUACCAGUCCUUCUAUGGAUAUAUAUAACAAAGAUUCAUUUAAAAUUGUUGAUAUGAAUCAGAAUUUUCCAAAUCCUGGACCAUCAAACUCUUCCUCAUUUUCGGAAAUUUCUGAAGGAAAGAGUUUUCAAGAUGGGUCCUCCAUGGAUGGAAUCUCAGUUUUUACCAUUGAUUCAGAUCAUUCAACAUUUAACUUUAGUAAACCUGAAAUACAUGAUUGCAGAACAUUACCAAGACAGUGUAUGUCAAAAAAUGACAGUUCUGAAUAUACAAAAUCCUGGCCAAGAUGUAACAAAAAGGAUGAAACUAAGUCAACUUUAUCUAGCAUUUUGAAAAACAGUAAUAAUUCUUUGCAGCCUCAGAAAUCUCUCUAUGUUUCUCCUACUUUGAAUAUUUUUAGUUCAAACAUUCAGCAGGGAACAGAACAACAAUUACCAACAGAAGAAACCAAAAGUGCUUCUAAAGAAGAGCUUGAAAAGAUGGGAGAUAACUCCAGCUACAUGCUAUCUAUCCCUAUGGCUGAUGGUUGUGAAAAAACAAAAUCAAAUGAUUUACCAAUUAAAUAUCAGCCAGUGUUGGUUGUGAAGCCUGGAUUUGGUAAAAUUGAUUCUAGUGCUAGUAAUACACCAAGUGGAAAGCAAUUAACAGAAACAAACGCUGCAAAGGAAAGUAGUUUUGCCAUCACUGGCAACCCAAAAGUGAACUUAAAAGACAGUAUGUCUGAAAGUUCAACAUUUUUCUCUAGCUUUUCUGGAAGUAUAAAUUCUAUUAACUCUGACUUAAGUAUGGCAGAUAGUUUAACAUAUGUGAGCAGAACAAGUAAUUGUAGUUCUCCCAAUCUUUCACAUAUGGACAUCCCUGCUGUUCUAACUCCCACUGGUUCUAUGGACUCAUUAAUGGAUACAACCAAUAAAUGCAGUGACAAUUCUAAUCUUAGUACCACCAUGGAAACCGUAGCUAUAACAACGAACACUUCUUCAUUCAAUAGCACAACAGAUGAUAUACAGAUACCAUUCAAGACUUUUUCCGGUGAAAUGAUUUCUGCUCCAUUUUUUACAUCAACUCCGUACACAUCUUCUGCAGGUAUGCCGCAAAGUGCCAGUCACCUUGAAGAAUCACCUGUCUCUUAUAAACAUUCUGAGUAUCAGCAAAAGCGUAUGCAUUCCUCUCAGUCAUUCCCUUCUGACAUGAAAAAUGCAAUUCAAAAUGACAAUGUCAGUAGUAAAAGACAUUCAAUAGGAAAUAAGUCACAUCCUGUUGUUAAUUUAAAUCAUUUAGAGGAUUCAGAUCACUCUAAUAAUGCUGCAGUGUCAAGCAGAACUGAUUCUUAUCGUGUUGCCAUGGUAAAUCCAACAAGAAGUGGUUCGUAUCGAGUAGCAAUGAAUGAAAAUUCAAAUUAUCCCUCAUUUAAUAAUAUGAGCAGAAGAUCAACAACCCCAAGAGUUAAUGUUACCAAUCAAAUGAUCUCACAAUCUAAAGAUCAACAACCAGCACAAAGGUCAAAUAAUCAACAGACAUUGUCUCAUUCUCAGUCAUACCAAGGACAUCCUACAACUGGAGGUCAAUCUAAAGACCAGUCAUUGUUACAUCGGCCAAGUGAUCUUCAGUCUUUAUCUCAUUCUCAUUCAUAUCAAGGAUAUCCUACAGUCGGAUGUCAGUCUAAAGAACAACCAUCAUCACAGUACUCAAAUCAUCAACAAACUUUGUCACAUUCUCAGUCAUAUCAAGGCUAUCCUGGAGGUUCAGGUAAAGGUAGAUAUAACCCACUGUAUGCAUCAUCAACAGAUGCUGUCAAAAUAAGUCCGCCAUCUUCAUCUCAUAGUAGCAAACAGUCUCAGAAUAAAGAUCAGAGAAACAAGCAAUUAUCUCAAAGUUCUCUUCAACAAACAAAGCAACCCUCCCCUUCUGCAGGCCAUCGAAAAAUACAACCAGUGAAUAUGGAAAAAAAACAGGCAGUCUCACUGCAUAGCCAAGGGAAAUAUCAAAAACAACCUGUAAAAGCUGAACAACAGUCACAAAAGACAAAUUAUGUAAACAAGGCCAGUUCAAGAUUAAAUCAGAGUGACCCAGUGCCACAAGACAGAAUAUCAGUGAAAACAAAUGUAAGAGAGAAUCAUAGUACAUCUGCUUUAAAUACAAAUGAACAAUGUAGAACAGAUUCAUAUCGAGUAGCAUUAGGGACAAGUUAUGAAAAUCCUGCUAGGAAUACAUCAUAUCGUGUUGCAGUAAAAGAUACAGAUCCACUUAUUCACGACAAUCGACUUGAUGUUAUCGAGUCCGUCAUGACAGGUGGUCGUGAUUUAAGAAGAAUGGGCAUUACAAACAUUGAUCAGGUAAAACAUACAAAAUCAGACAUACCAACCGAGAGUCAGAAACAACAAGUUGUCCGAAGACGCAAACCAGAUGUUGAUCCUAUAUCUGUUCUAUCAAAUCGUGAAAGUAAUUCAGGUAAAACAAAUAAGAACCGUUUCAGUACAUCUUCUACCUUCAUUCAGUUUGAUCCAAUAUCAGAGGAUUGGGAGUUUAUGAUGAAUUCAUCUGAUACUCUAAGUAAUGCAUCUGACAGAGAUUUAAUGGAUCAUGGAAACAGUUUUUCAAUGGAUACCACAAAAAUAAAUGCAAUAUCUGGGACUAAAAUGACUCAAGAAAAAAAUUCUUCAUCUUCAUUGCUUGGUAGUAUUAAAAGCACACUGAAAUCAAUGUCAGGAAAGCAGUCAAAAGAUUUCCAAGAUGAUGGACGAUUUUCCAUGGUGUAAUUAUAUCUUCUUUGAACAUUCAUAUUAAAUCAACAGAUUUUUUUCGGAAUGCUGAACAAUAAUAAAUAUGCAAAACAAUCUAUUACGCUGGAUGUAAUUAUUUUUUUAUUUUUGUUAAGAUUGAACAAAUAUCCUUACCAGUGUUGAGGUUUUUUUAAAUUUAGAGAAAGUUAAAAGAAAAAAAGUUGUCGUUACAUGUACUGCUGACAAUUAGAUAUUGAUUGAAAAAUUCAGAUUUAUUUCCUUUCGGUUUUCCUGACCGUGUUAAACCCUCAAGGUCUUAAAUGACCCUGUAGUAGUACUUUUGAUUUUAUGAAUAUAUAUUUACUGUUGCCAAAUAAUCAAAUAUUCUUAAAAAACUAUUGAUAAAUCCAUGCAUGUUCAAAAGCAUCCGUGUAGCUGCCAAAUUAGCAUACCUGUUGAAGGAUUUCCUAAAACAUUUGCUGUGUGCACUGUUUAUUUUCAGUAAUGUAUAUAUAUUAAAUGUUAAAAAUCUGCACAAUUUAGUGUAAAUUGUUUUGAAUCUAAAUUUUUUGAAAAUUUGUUUUGGUAUAUAAAAGUGUAAACUGUUGAAAAAAAAAAUCUCUCGAUUACCGGUAUAUACAUUGUAUAUUCCUUUGUUAUCUUGAACAUGCUGAAUUUUUAAAAUACAAUAAUUUUAUUUUAUUUUCUCUACUUUGCCUUAAAAAAAAUAUUUGAUUUGAAGUACAUGACUUUGUAUGGUUAUAAACUUUAAAAAAACACUGUACUAUAAAUGCAUUUAUAGGUUUACUGUUCAAUUUUUAGGUUAUAUUUUUAAUUAAAAAAUAUCUUUUAAAAAAGACUGUUUCAUUAGUUUUAUGUUGUUUCUUUAAGAUACAAGUGCCAUAUACUUUCAUUCCAGAAUUUGAUAUUUUUAUGAAGUCUUAUGCAUUUUAUUUUGAUCAUUUCCAUAUGGAAGAUUGUUCCGAAUAUUAUCAUGAUAAUAAGACUAUUCAAUAGUUCAUAUUUGUUAGAAUUGGAAUUUAUCUAGUCUCCUUCUGAAGUUGAAAAAUGGUAGUAAAAUAUAUUUUUGUUACUGAUGUAACUUUAAGCUUUAACUAGUUUUUUUCUAACAAUAAUAAAUAUUAAUGUACAAUUAAGUUAAAUUCAAUGUAUUAUUAGCAUUGGUAUCAAGGGAAUUCAUUAUUAUAUUAAUAAAUAUGUAAAUAGUAAAUUUGAUGUACAAUUGAUUGUUAACACUGUUGUACAGGUUCUUCAUCAUCAUGAACAGUUAUAAACUUACAUAUAUCUUUGUAAUAAAUUAUUGUUAAUACCUUGACAUUAUCAUCUGAGUCAACAGAUUUUUCAUUCAUUGUACAAAAUCACUUUGUAUUUAUAAAAAUGACAAAACAAAUGGCAGCAUUCAUGAUAAAGUUCAUUCCUUGUUAAAGAUUUUUCAAAUUUUGUCUUGUUCUUGCUCACCACACAUAGUUAAUUAAUUCAGAGUUAAAGACUAUGUAUUUGAUUUCUAGUUUUCAUUUUUCAUGAAUUGUUUACAAGGUAGAUAAUCCAUAAGAAUGAAUCUUUUUUUUUUAAAAGAGAGAUUUCUUGUGCUUUUUAUUAAUUGGCAUAGAACAUAAAUUUACUUCUAUAUGAGGAAUAUGGGGGACAUGUUUAAGCAGGCAUGGAUAUUUGGGUAUUUAACAGAUCUUUGUGCAAGACAUUAUUUGAAACAUUUUUUUUUUUGGUUUACAUGUUGAUGAAUAAUUGUACAUAUAAGCAGAAUUUUUUAUUUUCAUAUUUAUAUGUUUUUGUUGUUUUAUAUAAAAAUAUUUGUUAUUGUUUGGUGUGUUUAUACACACUUUAUUAAAACAACCAUUUUAUUGGUCUAUUUUUUAAAGAUAAAGAUAUCAGCAGUAGACACUUGAAUAAUAGUGUGUAUCUAAUGUUUCUGCCAAAUAUUUAAAUAACAGUCCCUAAAAGUCACACAAUCAAGAAUCUAACAUUGUCAGCACUGAUUGUUGGGUGGCCAGCUGUCAUGUCCAGCUGAAUAUAAAGAAUUUUUGGAUAGAAGCAUUAUCUGCCAAAGCGUUAUCCAUUUUUUUAUCCAAUUUUCCAUAGUUCAACAGCUAACUGGGCAUAGUUUAUACAUCAGUCAUGACUAACAGAAAUUUCUUUCCAUAUGAUAAAAAAAAAAAAAACAUAAAAAUGUUUAAUGCUAAAAAUUACAGAUUUGGAUUUUCAGGCACCUUCAAAUUACAUAUUAAAAAAUGAGGAUAAUACAACUUACAUGCCAUUAUAUGUAAAAGGGAGGAAUGUUUGAUGCCACAUUAUUAUAUUUUGUUUCUUCCUCAUGAACUAUAAUCAUUCAGUAAAAACAAAAUUAUCAACAUAAGUAUUUGCUGCUGCUUAAGAAAAAUCUUAUUUUCAGAAUGAAAAUGUAGGAAUUCAGUUUUAUUUCUUUUUGGUUUGUAAUGGAAGUAUUCAAUCAAAAUAAAUAAGACAGCAUAAUUAGUAAAAAUAUUUUUGUUUGAAAAAAUGAUGAAAAUUGCAUUUAUUGGAGAUCCAUCAACUUCUUGUCAAGUUUAAAGUACAUCCCCUUGUUGAGAAAGUACAACAUUAAGUAGUGGGUGUAUGUAAUUUACAUUUUGAAAGUAUGAUAUUAGUCAUCAACGCUUGCUUUCAUUUCACUAUUAACUAAAUGAAUCAAAAUAUGCCUUACAGCAUUAGAAAACUACAAACUGCAGCAGUUUAUCAGUUUAUCAGUAUUGCCAAAAUUAUGCAACAUUAUGUAUACCUGUAAGCAUACAUUGACAUUGUAAAUAUUUUGUAAGUGCUUUAUGAUUUUGCUGUGUUAAGCUUAUAUAGGUCUCUUCACAUGAAACUGUAGUGCAAUCUUAAUCUGCAUCUAUGUGGAUAAAUAAAAUAUUUUAGAUAA